UGUAACAAAUGGCAUGUGGUGACAUUUUGCGUUUGAUAACCUUGUCAUAAUCUGUCUUAUAUAUUUUUACAAUCCAUCAGCUUCUUGAUUCAUCAACCAUCAACCACCUGCCACUUGUUACAGAUGCCAACUGCCAACCACCAAACACCUUCCACAUACCUUGAUAUAUAUAACUAGUUCUCGUUUGACCUUUGUCAACAGAUCAUUUUCUCUAUUACCAGCUCCUAUGGACAACAAACUCAUUUACUUUCCACUUAAAUUGAAGGCAGUGAAUUUCAAUAUAUUUCUUAUUUCUGAUGUCUCUAAUGACACACCACAUAUUGUUUGGCAUUUAUUUUUUUGACUAAAAAUGUCAAAUUAUUGUCUUUUUGUUGGAAAAUUAUACGAAUUCAAGUAUUUCAUUGAAAAAAUAUGUAAAUCUGUAUACUUUAUCUCAUUGUGAAAUAUAAUUCCAAUGAGAUUUCAAAGGAAUUAAUUACAGAAAAAUGCAGUUCUCAGGCAAUGUCUAUAAAAACAUGUAAAGUUUAUUACCAGUUUAACACAUGUUGUAAGGGUUUUUAGAUAAAUGUAACUCAAUGAAUAGUAUAAAUAAUCUCUUAAUGUCAAUAAAUUAAUUAACCUUUCUGUAUGUUUAACACCUCAUAUCUGAAAAAUUGGAAUUCUAAUUAAGAUGCAUUUUUCAAAUAAGCUACACUCAAUUCCAUAUUUGACAUUGAUACUGUCACUUUUAAUGAUCACGAUUAUAUAUUUGACUGGAAAUCUUAAUAAAAUUACACCACAAACAUUUAUGCGAUCUGGAUUUUUGGAAAAUGAAGAUCGUAGUAAGACAAAAGUGAAAAAAUUGCCUGGUUUACUCAUAGUUGGAGUGCAAAAGUGUGGGACACAGGCUGUUGCAUCUUUUCUCGCGUUUCACCCGAAUUUAACAAGAGCUGGAAAUUUCGAAAUUCAUUUCUUUGAUCAAAUUCAUCCAGAGAAGCCGAAGAGUAUUGAAGAUUACUUAAAAUUAUUACCUGAAACAUCAGAAUGGGAGAUAGCUUUCGAGAAAACUCCUGCAUAUUUUGGACUAGCUGACCCGAUGUACAUACAUAACAUGCUACCAAAUGUGAAGAUUUUGAUACAAAUGUGCGACCCAGUGGAAAGAUCAAUGUCUGCUUUUAUUCAUAAUCAGCAUACGGAACACUCGAUAAGACAUAUUCCACGGGAUGCUACAUUUGAAAGUGUAAUUCUCGAUAAAACUGGGAACGUAAAUAUCUCACAUGAGAUCCUUCAGCGUGGAAUUUAUAUAAGAUACCUACGCGAUUAUUUAAAACACUUCUCUAUGAAUCAGAUAUUGAUAAUCGAGACUCAGAAUUUGAAAUCUAGACCAGCUGAAACAUUGAAAAAAGUCGAAGAAUUUCUAAAAAUUCCACCUUUUUUCACGGAAGACCAAUUCUAUAUAAACCCAAAAACCAACACAAGUUGUGUUCAUAUAGAGCAUUUAGGCACAGAGAGGAUGUCACCGAAAGAAUGCCUUGCAGGAAAUAAACAUCGUGUUCAUCCAGCCAUGAAUCAGGACACUCGCAGAAAGUUGGAGGAUUUUUUUGCACCUUAUAACAAAGAACUCAGUAUUGUUGCUGAUAUGAACUUCUCUUGGAUUAUUAAAUAAUAGAUUUUUAUACCAUUGUGACAAAAUCUAUUAGUGAUGUAACUGAUUUAAUUCGCUUGGAUUAAGUAAUAAAAGAUAUCCUUUGAUUUAUCAGUUAUAUGAUUUUUUUAUUAUGUCACCACCAAAAGUGGUGACAUAUUGUUAUGGUCUCCGUUUUUUUGCGACGGCGUCCGGCGGUUGGUGGUUGGCGUCCGGCGGUUGGCGUCCGGCGGUUGGCGUCCGGCGUCUGUAACAAUUUCUUACAACUUCCUAUAACAUAACAAAUACUGUUUAGAUUGACUUCAAUUUUUUUCUAAAUCAUCUACAUGUUCUCAGAAGUUCAAAUCUGACUUUAGAUUUGACAUUUGACCUUCAAUGACCUUCUCAAGGUCAAAAAGGUCUUUUUUCAACUUGCUUCACAUUGACUAAAUUUUUUUUCAAAAUCAUCUACAUGUUCUCAGAAAUUCAAAUCUCACUUUAGAUUUGACUUUAGAUUUGACAUUUGACCUUCAAAUCUGACUUUAGAUUUGACAUUUGACCUUCAAUGACCUUCUCAAGGUCAAAAAGGUCUGUUUUCAACUUGCUUCAAAUUGACUAAAUUUUUUUUUCAAAAUCAUCUACGUGUUCUCAGAAAUUCAAAUCUGACUUAAGAUUUGACUUAAGAUUUGACAUUUGACCUUCAAUGACCUUCUCAAGGUCAAAAAGGUCUGUUUUCAACUUGCUUCAAAUUGACUAGAAUUUUUUUUCAAAAUCAUCUACGUGUUCUCAGAAAUUCAAAUCUGACUUUAGAUUUGACUUAAGAUUUGACAUUUGACCUUCAAUGACCUUCUCAAAGUCAAAAAAUGUCAAAAAGGUCUUUUUUCAACUUGCUUCAAAUUGACUAAAUUUUUUUUUCAAAAUCAUCUACAUGUUAUCAGAAAUUCAAAUCUGACUUUAGAUUUGACAUUUGACCUUCAAUGACCUUCUCAAUGUCAAAAAAGGUCAAAAAGGUCUGUUUUCAACUUGCUUCAAAUUGACUA